CGUAACGUAACCUCAAAAUAUGCUCGUCCUUUUAUUUACAUACCUGUACUUAAAACUGCUUUAUUUCUAAAUACAGUUAAAAUUAAUUAAAUUUCUUAGCAGCUGGGUAUUCGAUUAUUAUUAUUGGAGUAAUCCAAGGGAUAAUGUCGGCAAUCGUUAAAGUUGAGCCCAAACAAGAAGGAGAAAUAAACGCGUCAAUUGAUGAAAAGGUUUUUCUGGCAAACCAGGAUCCAGCAAUAAAACCGGAACCGAGUGAAAUUACACUCGGCGUGGAUUCUUACAUUUCCAAUAAUUUGAUGAACAAUAAAAAUCAAGUGAAGCUGGAAAUUUAUGCGGUUCAGAAUUCUUCAGAAGAUUUGCCCCACGCUAAACGACCGCCAACAUUAAAAGAUUUUAAAUGUACUCUUUGUGCCUACUCGUCCAAUAGGAAAUAUAAUUUAAAUGCACACCUCUUAAUACACAAGGAUUUCAAGGAUUUAAAAUGCACCGAGUGUGAUUACUCAACUAAUAUUCCAUACAGCCUGAAAAGGCAUCAACUGUUAAAACACAAUUCCUCCAAGGAUUUAAAAUGUGCCCAGUGUGACUACGGAACCAAUUGGAAAGGCAAGUUAGAUGUGCAUAUGUUAACACACAAGGUUUCCAAAUAUUUAAAAUGUGUUCAUUGCGAGUACGCAACCAAUCACAAAGAGAAUUUUAAACGACACUUGCUAACACACAAGAGCUCCAAAGAUUUUAAAUGUGUCCACUGUGAUUAUUCAACCCAUAGAAAAUGCCAUUUGAAAAAACAUCUGCUAAUACACAAAGUUUCGAAAGAUUUAAAUUGUCCUCAUUGCGAUUAUGCAACUAACAAUAAAUGUUAUUUAAAACGGCACGUGUUAACUCAUAAAUUAUCCCACGAGUUUAAAUGUGACAGUUGUGACUAUAGUACCAGUAUAAAAGUAUCGUUUAAGCGACACCUCUUAAUCCAUGCGGUUACGCAAGAUUUGAAAUGUGACAAUUGUAAUUAUACAACAAACAUUAAAGCUUAUUUAGCACGACACGUUCGAAAAUACAAAGCUUCUAAAGAUUUUAAAUGUGAUCAUUGUGACUACGCAACAAAUAAUAAAUCCAGUUUGAAACGACACCUUUUAAAGCAUAAAAUUGCUACAAAACUGCACAAAGACUCUCAAGAUUGUGAAUGUACCAUUUGUUUAAAACAACAUCUCUUAAUGCAUAAAAAUAAUUUUAAAUGUGGCGCUUGUGAUUAUUCAACAAACCAUAAAUAUAAUUUUAAACAACAUCUCUUGACGCACAAAGUUACUCAAGAUUUUAAAUGCGAAGAUUGCGAUUACGCGACUAAUGUUAAAUCUCAUUUUAUGCAACACGUGUUAAGACACGGAGAUAUAAGGAAAUUUUAUUGUGACAUUUGCGGAUAUGCAACAAAUUUUAAGUGUAAUUUGCAACGGCAUAUUGUGCAGCAUAAAAAAGUUUGAAUGUGGUAUCGAUAUGUAUUUUAAAAUUGUUACUUCUAGAGUGAGGGAUGUGUUAUAUGUAUGUACCUUUAAUAUUUUGUUUAAAUGUGUUUCUAA